CAGGGCCAUCAAGCCGAACUCCCCACACCCGCUCUAGAGUAUUCUACCCACUACCACCGCUUUUACCAGCCUUUUACAGCCUUUACCAGCCUUUACCACCCUUUACCAAAUACCUCCAAAAGUACCCUACCACCCAAUUCACUACUAUAAGGUACUUAACACCCACAAUUGCCCACUGCCAAAUUAGCCUUGCCCACCACCCUCAAUCGUCAUCCCCCCAUCAAUCAACCACCCACCACCACACAUCCACCUUAACUACCAACAACCUGACCUAACCUCGUUCCCCCCCUUCCACCACCACCACCCCCUCCUCUUCCCGCAUUCACGAAAUUCCUCACUUUCAAACUCGCGUGCCUGUGCAAAUUCAUAUUUAUUUGUUAAAACCCUCAACCACAUCUCGACACUUUCGUGAAAUCCUCAUGAAUAUUGACUUCUAGCCCACCAUCCAACCCUAUCGACCCUCCCACCUCGCCCACCGCCGACCCCGCACCUCCAAUAGACACAUUGCGAUAAUUUUCUCACCAACCCUUCUCUCAACCACUACGACUACGCGCUUGCCUGUCUGAAUAUCAGUGGUGUUGCAAAGUGCUCAGAAUAUCAGUUCGCCAUGGGCCAGACUCUCUCAGAGCCGGUUGUUGAAAAGCACUCGUCCAGCGGCGGUGAUGAGCGACUGAUAUACGGAAUCUCAUGUAUGCAAGGAUGGCGUAUCAGCAUGGAAGAUGCGCAUGCCACGAUUCUUGAUCUACAGUCCCAGUCCGACAAGCCCAGGCAAGACGCGCCCGCAGAUGAACGGCUCUCGUUCUUCGGAGUAUACGACGGACACGGCGGAGCAAAGGUGGCCUUGUUCGCAGGUGACAAUGUGCAUCAGAUCAUCGCGAAGCAGGAGGCGUUCAAGAGAGGCGAUAUCGAGCAGGCGCUGAAGGAUGGGUUUUUGGCGACGGACCGUGCGAUUCUGAAUGAUCCACAAUACGAGGAUGAGGUCUCUGGUUGCACGGCUACGGUCGCAAUCAUCUCGGGAAAGAAGAUCUACGUGGGUAACGCUGGAGACUCAAGAACCGUGCUGGGAGUAAAGGGACGCGCAAAGCCGCUCUCCUUUGACCACAAGCCGCAAAACGAAGGCGAGAAGGCCCGUAUCACGGCCGCUGGUGGCUUUGUUGAUUUCGGAAGAGUCAACGGCAACCUGGCGCUCUCUCGUGCUCUUGGUGACUUUGAGUUCAAGAAGUCACAUCAACUGGCGCCCGAGCAACAGAUUGUCACCGCAUACCCCGACGUAACGAUCCAUGACAUCUCCGAGGACGAUGAGUUUGUGGUUGUUGCCUGUGAUGGUAUCUGGGAUUGCCAGUCUUCGCAGGCUGUUGUCGAGUUUGUGAGGCGUGGAAUUGCCGCCAAGCAGGACCUCGAGAAGAUCUGUGAGAACAUGAUGGACAACUGCCUGGCCUCCAACUCGGAGACCGGCGGCGUUGGUUGUGACAACAUGACCAUGGCAGUCGUUGGUAUCCUCAACGGGCAGACCAAGGAGGAGUGGUACGAGAAGAUCGCACAGCGAGUUGCCAACGGGGAAGGCCCAUGCGCCCCUGUUGAAUAUGCUGAGUUCCGCGGCCCCGGCGUUCACCACAACUUCGACGACAGCGACAGCGGGUACGACAUGGACAUGGACCAGCGGUCGAGAAACGUCGUCGCUGGCGGUAAGAAGGGGCGCAUCAUCCUCCUCGGCGACGGGACCGAGAUCCUCACGGGCCCCGAGGACGCGGAGAUGAUCGACAACGAGGAGGAGGAGGAGGACCUCGCGAGCCAGGCACAGCCCGUCAAGGGCGAGGAGCACGACCACGUGCCGCUGCCGACGAGCGCCGCGAUCCCGGACAAGAUUACGAGGCCGAUCGUCGACGUGAAGGAGAAGAUACAGAAUGUGGUCAAGGGAGAGGCGAAGAGCGAGUAAUCGGGGGAAUAGAUUAAUCUGCCAUAUAUUUGGCCCUCGUGCGCGCGCGGCAGGGAGGUGGAAGGAGGAGUGCAGGUGUAGUGGGCGUAAUCGUGCAUUGCUGUGCUGCUGUGGUGGAGCUGGAGCUGGGGCGAUCUAUCCCGGGAGGGAGGGCGCGGGAGGGAUAGGGCUGGCUUGGCUGGGGAGGGGAGAGGAUGUGGAGAGGGGGGACGGGGCGGCCACCAAGGCCAUUUUGGGCAGACGAUGAUGAGAUGAUGCAGCGAGCGUUCUGUGGCUGCUGCUACUGCUGCGGCAGGCACAUCUACGGAGGGCACUGACGAGCUGACGAGCUGAAAACACUUUUUUAUUUCUUGCUUGUCUGUCUCCCCAGUGCGGAGUUUCCUUUUUGUCUCGGGUGCGAAUCAUACCAGCGCGUUCUUGUUGUCCGAUGGGGUCCUGUUCGAUUGCGCAUACAUGCUGCUGUCCGUCUAGGGAGGGGGGUG